CUCCGCUGCCGUCCUGUCCAGUGCUGGCUCCUGGAGGAGAGAAAGCGCCAACCGCUGCCGCAGCACCAGCUCUCCACAGCAGCACCACCACUGCUGCCUGCACGGUAUCAUGGUUUGAGGGGCUCGGCUGCUGUAUCCAGGGGCCAAUAAGUCAGUCACUCAGCCAGCGCGCGUGUGGAUGUGUGUGAGCGUGCACUGAGAAGCAGCAGUAAGAGCACGCGACCGGUGCAGCGACGCUAUCCAACCAGGAGCUCCGGAGGAAGUCGCAGAGAGCGAGCCGAGCAUCCCCGCAUCUCUCCCCGGCUGUCCUGCAGCAGGGAUACCUUCCUCUCCAGCACCGACACUGCCUCGCCUAUUCGGGUGUGAAAAGCAGCCUGGCUAGUGCUAUAGUCGCUGUUGUUGUCAAGGAAACCCAGAGUCCCAUCCCGUUGCCAUGGGGAAACAGAACAGCAAACUGCGGCCAGAGGUGCUGCAGGAUCUCCGUGAGAAUACCGAGUUCUCCGAUCACGAAUUGCAGGAGUGGUACAAGGGUUUCUUGAAGGACUGCCCCAGUGGUACCUUGAAUGUGGAGGAAUUCAAAAAGAUCUACGCCAAUUUCUUUCCCUACGGCGAUGCCUCCAAGUUUGCUGAGCACGUCUUCCGAACUUUUGACACCAAUAGUGACGGGACAAUAGACUUCCGGGAGUUCAUCAUCGCCUUGAGCGUGACGUCACGGGGAAAGCUGGAGCAGAAGCUGAAAUGGGCCUUCAGUAUGUACGACCUGGAUGGAAAUGGAUACAUCAGCCGUGAGGAAAUGCUGGAGAUUGUGGAGGCCAUCUACAAGAUGGUGUCAUCUGUGAUGAAGAUGCCAGAGGAUGAAUCCACGCCGGAGAAGAGGACGGAUAAGAUCUUCAGACAAAUGGACCUCAAUAAUGAUGGCAAACUGUCCCUGGAGGAGUUUAUUAAAGGUGCCAAAAGUGACCCCUCCAUCGUUCGGCUACUCCAGUGCGACCCCAGCUCAGCCUCCCAGUUCUAAAACUGCCCCUGCUGCAACCUCUUCUUUUUUGCUCUGUUGCUAUUGAAACAGUCACUCAAAUCAAUGCAUGAUGGUUCUCGUCUCUCAUGUUAUCUUUUCGUUGUUGUUGUUAUUGUGUGCAAGGAUGGUAGAGGAGAAUGAGGAAAGUCAUCACUGUCGUUUUAUGUCUGGGAGAACGAAGGGACGACGUGCGUAUAUAUAGCUAAUGAUCGGUUGACCGAGGCGCCCGCUAGUGUUCCAGAAUAUCUGUCUCUCUCGCUCUGGAACGUUGGAUUUCCAGGGAGCUUAUGAUGAAGUGUGGAUGGUUUUUUUUUUUGUUUCUUUUUUUUGCAGGGAGAGGAAUCAGUUUCUACUCCUACACAUAUGCACAUGUAGAUGUAUAUCAUGUAUAUACUGUAUGCUGUAUAUCAUAAGAUGAAGUGCAUCUGUCUUCAUAUAUGGCACACACUCUUUGGCAUUGAAAGGCAGUAUUAUGUAGCGUAGCUUCCUGGUCAGAUCCAAAUGUGUGGUUUGGUGGGGGGGGGGUUACUUCUGUAUGAUCUUUCACUUGACAAAAUGUUUUUAUUGAUACCUACUCGCAUUUUGUUGAUUUUUGAAAUUUGAAAUGCUUUUCACUUUCCAUUUGUACAUACUGUUUUUCCUCCUCCGUGUUUUAUUUAUUCAUUUUUAUUCUUAUUGUGCUUUUACUUUGAUAUGUUAAGAUGACCAUAUUGCAGUUUACAGUGACAGAGAGAGAGAGAGAGAGAACGGGAGUGAAGCUUGAGCUCUUUGUGGACUUGGAUGAAUUCCUGUAAAAUGAGUGGAUCCCAUUUUGCAUUUGAUCAAAGACACCAGUAGCACAUAUCACUUGAGCCGCCAUGUGUUUAUAUAAAAGUAUGGCUGUGCUUUUGGUCUGAAUGCGCGCGCGUGCAUGGGAACACACACUGUAUGCUUGAGGCUAACUUUUACAGUAUUAUCAUGUUGUGUUGUUUCUUAAUUUGUAAGUAUUUUAAAGUUCUUUAAAGAUGAGCAGUAAACUACUUAAGAUAGCUGUAACCGUUCAAUAUACUGCAUGAUCCUUCAAACCGGACGACGACAGAAUCCACACACGCACACAGUUUACGCACAGCGAUAUCUUUUUGUAGCUCUUCGGCCUCCUCAGCAUGGACCCCAGGCAGAAAUGAUUGGAUAUUUGUCUUGCUAUGGGAUAACACAGUCCUCCUACCCGGCGCUCUCUUUUCCUCUGACAGACAGAGAACUCACUAAGGGCUUAUUUAUCACUCUCUAGUUGAAUGCUUUUUGUUUUUACCUCCUGGAUUAGUCUGCUUGCAGAGCAGUUAGAUGAAGGGAUAUGUUUCAUGAGACUGCAGCGAGUUCAGAUCCGUGUUCCAAUUUGGAUCUGUUUUGAUCUUAUUUAUAAUUAGAGCAGCAAGAAUGUUGAAUAUUAAAAAAAAAAAGUUAUUUUAUCUCCUAUAUCAGUGACAAAUAAGUCUUGUGUGUUGUUAAGGUUUUAAAAGACUGAAUGCAAACAUGAAGAAAACCCAAACCCGAAAUAAACACAGCCACCGGUCGCAGCACAGCCAGCACCAUUCUCGUAUUAUGGCGCCUUAAAUGCCCCCAUUGUCAGAUCACUAUUGCCCUCUUGUGUUUUCAAGGCAAAACACAAAUAUCUUCAAAUUAAAGUAUUGGACAAAGCUAAUAGAAACUGUAUGUGAAUGAGGUGGACAGGAAAGCUUGAAUUGUCACUUCAGAUUUUCUCAUCAGGAUUAUCGUGAUAAAAAAAAAAACACGAUAAGGAUGCUGCGAUAUUUAUAGGAAGUAACGCAAAUGUGUGUCGUCUUCUUUUGCGUGGAGGAGGCGAGAAUCUUAUCUGCAUAAAAAUAUACAGUUACACAGUUGUGAUGCAUGUGCAUUAUUCACAUAACAUUUAUAUUUUAUUUUUAAAUAUCAGGAUUAAAGUUAGCGUGACACCUCUAAUUUGUAAUAUUUCAGUGUUUUAUUUCAGUGGUGUGCUGUUUGAAAAGAAAACUCCAUCAUACCAACUGUGAAGCAUCUUUUUUUUUUUUUUUUUUUCAGUUUUAUCUUGAUAUUAGCCACAAUUUAACUUCCUUACAAAUUGGACUACUGUACGCAGUGGGGGCUGAGAGUCGUCCUGGUGCUGCUGCAUCUAUGUGAUAUUUAACUAGUACCAAACACUUGCACAGGAGCUUCCUAACCAGCCUCACCUCUGCUUUGGGGAUCCUUUAGUGUCACUGCCUCCUGCUGGUAGGAUAAAGAACAACAGUUGCUACUCUCUGAUCUAUGACAGUGUAAUUCUUUUUCUAUUCUCACUGCCUCCGAUAAUGAACAGGUACCUUGUGAUUGAUAAAUACAAUCCCCCCGCCCCCUUCUUUCUUCCUUCCUAACUUUCCUACUUUUCUGUUGCAUGAAAACCUCAAUGUGAGGAUGUCAUGUUUAUUCUGUUGAACCUGAAAUCGAAAUAUAUGUUUCUAAGCUGCA